UAGCGGGUUCCUUAUCCAAGAAGUGCAGGCGGGACGAGCUGGAAUCGCAAGAGCCCCCGAUGAGCAGAGGUGGCGCUGGUUGUGGCAAGAAUGAUGCGAGCCUUGACCUCAUCAGCAGCCUUCCCGACGAGAUCCUAGGCAGCAUCAUCUCCCUCCUCCCUACCACCAAGGGUGCCGCGCAGACAUCUGUUCUAUCUUCCCGGUGGCGCCACCUUUGGCGCACUGCCCCGCUCAACCUUGUCAUUGACCAUAGCCUCCUCAGCCAGGAGGGAGAGUGCACCACCAUCGUCUCCAAGAUUCUCACCACUCACUCUGGCCCUGCCCGACGUCUCUCCUUCAACCGCCCUCGUGGCAUCCGCCUCCGCCGCGAGCUCUAUGGCAAAUUCGACGGCUGGUUCCAGUCCCCUUCCCUCAAUGGCCUUGAGGAGCUCUACUUGUCUAGCGACGACAAGUCACCGUGCCCGCUACCGCCGUCCGUGCUCCGCUUCGCGCACACGCUGCACAUUGCCAGCAUCGGUGGCUGUGAUUUUACCAAGAUUAAUGCUGCCCCCACACUUAGCUUCCCUCGGCUGAAGAAGCUCAAACUCUAUGAUGUCUCCAUCUCGGAGGCGACUCUCCACCGCCUGCUUGCCGGCUGCACUAUGCUACAGAGCCUUGAUCUAUUGAUCCCACAUGGUUUAAGUGGUAGCCCAAGGACAAUCAGGGUCAUCGCGGCGCCAAAACUGACGGUGUUGGCCUACCUGUCUAGGCAAAUCUACGAGCUUGUUAUUGGAACCAUAAGGGUUAAGGAAAUGAUCCCCAUCUUGUUCACCACGACCGUGCGCACGGUGAAGGUCUUAGUUCUAGAAUCUAUCGGCCCUAAUCUGGAUGCAGUUGUUGGAUUUCUUAGAUGCUUUCCCUGCGUGGAGAAGCUGUACAUUCGGUCACUUAUUAGGAAGGACAUGAAAAAUGCGCAGCAAUAUGACGCACUUGUUGAUCCUCUGGAAUGCCUUGAUCUUCAUCUCAGAGCAAUCGUGGUGAACACCUAUCGAGGCUUGAGACCAGACAUUAACUUUGCCAAGUUCUUUGUUCUGAACGCAAAGGCGCUCAAGGUAAUGAAAUUCGGUGUCUCUGCUAGUAACUGCAAUGAGCAAUGGAUGCCCGAUCAGCGCACAAAGCUACAACUGGAUAACAGCGCUUCUCGAGAUGCCCGGUUCGAUUUUGAGAGAUAUAAUAGUGAUGAGGGCAUGCUUUUUGCCAACAAGAGGCACACGCAUGAUAUGUGGAUAGCUGAUCCCUUUGAUAGCUCACUAUGCAAAUGUUGUGGACCGUUUUGAUGCCCUUCUAUGCAGGAGUACCUGUUUAUCUUGUCAUCUCUCUGGUUCCAAACAUUCUGAUGUGUUUUAUUAUGUAAUGGGCUUCUGCAACCUACCUUCCGGCAUACACAUUCUAGUUGAAAAAUGGAAGAAGUGUGAAAGUGCAUGUGGAAGAGCUAUGUAAGAACUGGGUGAAAAUCUGGGAACUAAUUACCAGCUUGUCAUGAUAGACAUUUCAAUGUGGAACGCAGCGUAUUGGUUUGCUGAGGUGUUGGGCAAAAUCUGUAA